AUGCCAUCAUUGCCGGAUCCCAAAGUCUUACGGCUACCGCGGACUGACGUCGACAAUGACUUCGUUCUCGUCAAUGUCCAACAGUCUGGCUCUGAUCCGCUCGACCUGAAACUCGUCGGCACCGAUGCCAUCUCUCCUUUCGUCACCCACCUACGCCAGAACCACAUUCACAAAUUACAGGCUUCUACUUCGCAGUCCGAUCCGGACCAUUGGCAAGCAAUCCUGUCCGCUGUCUUGCUUCAAUCAAUUCCAAAUGAUCCUACUUUGGUCGGAGUAGAAGCCGUGGCCAAUGUCUCUUCCUCUCAACUUACUAUAACCAUCCGCAACAAGAUUAGUGGCAUCACUCAACGACUUGGCGCAAUCACUCUAGAGAAGGACGAAAACGAAGAUGUUCAGCUAUACGACUGGACGGGCUUUGCAGUAACCCGAGCUGAUGCACUAGCCCACCAACUAGCAACUUUCCAAUCUACUGUUGCGGAACAUCAAAAGACAAUCGAUGACUUGACCUUGCACUUGGACGAUUUGGUCAAAGCGAAAAAGUCUCACCAGGAUGAGAUGCUCAGGAAAUUCGCUGCCCUGUUAAACACAAAAAAACUCAAGAUCCGCGAUCAGCAGCGCCUCUUGACUCACGCUAGGGUAGACCCCGGAGCCGCAGAUCAGAUCCAGCAAGCUAGAUCUGUAACCGCUGGUCGUAAACCUGAUUUAUCUCGUUCGAGCAAGCGGAAGGCCGAUGCCAGCAGUCAUGAGCCUGAAACAGAUGACGAGGGUUUCGAGCGAACGGAUCUGGGGAACCGCAUGAACCAAGAAGAUGACAUGCGUCAGGAACAUGAUGAACCCCUGGACUCUGACAAAUCUGAUCUGGAUACCGAGGACGACGACAGUGAUGGUGGCUUUGCUCCAGCCCCCAUGCCGCCACAAUCGUCACACUCCCAAGCACGUUCUCAGAUCUCUGUUGGGUCCAGGGCAAAGACAUCAGAGACAGCCAAGCCAGACGAACCCAGAGCUGCGCCUAUGAAAUCACCAGAGAUAGAGCUCCCGCCUAGAAGGCAGUUGCCUUUCUCCAAGAGAAGUGUUGCCACUUCUUCGCAGAUACCACCGAAGUCGUCUUCACAAACUCUCCCUCAAGCUUCUGCCAUCAUUCCUUCCUCCAAACCGCUACCAACAAUGGACGAUGACGAUGAGACAGAUGAUGAGCUGUAG